AUGACGUUGAUGGAAAGCGAAAGUGAAGCUAUCGUGACAUCCCUCAACCUCGCUUCCUCAUCCGCAUACCACGCGAUAAUAUCAGCACCGUAUCAUUACCGAAGAUAUUACAUGCGGAAUCCGAGGGCAACCAACGUCUUGAGAGCCUUCUAUCCGCGGCUAGGUCUAACGGCAAAUUCGCGUACAUCUGCAGGAGGAAGACACUUUUGCACCAGCGGAGAAAAUAUGGACUCGCGCGAUCGACAACGUAAGGGCUAUGGACUUCCAGAAGCACUGGAGCGACGAGGACCAAAUGAGUUCGAGGACAUACUGAUGGAGGGCGCCGACCACCGCGUGGCCGAUCCCUUGGACGUCGAUGGCAGCACACCCGCGCCAGCACCACCAGCAGGUCCUUCUAAGAAAAGGCUCGCCUCACCCUCUUCAUUCCAUGACUCUAAACGCAAAAGAAAAAGACAAAAGCGGAUCAAAACCGAGGAGAACGUCAACUGGAGUCAGAGCCGCGCGAUUCCCACGGACAUCGUCUCUGCCGACAAAAUCCGGGUGCGAUUGCCAGCCGCCACGCUCGAAAACUCUGAAUACAAAAGACAAAAGGGGAUCAAAACCGAGGAGGAGAACGUCAACUGGGGUCGGAGCCGCGCGAUUCCCACGGACCUCGUCUCCGCCGACGAAAUCCGGGUCCAGUUGCCGGCCGCCGCGGUGUAUCAACAACGGCGACAGCAGCAGCGGGAUGUUUGGGUCGCAAUUGCUGGUGCAUUUGCGGCGGCGCGCGCGCAGCUACAUGGAGAAGAUCUGGAGCUGUUUGAGGCGCUGUUUGAGCGUCCGGUGGCCGGAAUGAGUCCGAAUGAGCAAAUUGAUAGAUGGAUCCGGGGGACGCACGAACGUUGGGGCUAG